AGCGUCAGUUCAUACCGAACAGCUCCAUGGACCUUCUUUGAGAUCGAAAGAGAGUAUUCGAAAGCAUCAGCCCGACUAGCCCGACAGCGAUCAACCGCCCACUUUUCUCUUAGACUUACGAAUCAAAAUGACAGACGCCGAUAUGAAGGACGCGAAACCGUCGUCCUCGCUCGACGACAAUGAUGGCAAAGAUACCGAUCCUCCGUCCUCCAGUACCGAUGCCAAGGAAGAACCAAAGGACGGUAAGAAUGAUACAAUCACGUCAAUCAAUACAAAAGAUAUAGAAGCCCUCGGAACCUACGACGAAAUCGAAAAAAGUCUGGGCAUUUCAGAAUAUCUUUCGUCUUCCUCUUUCUCGGGUUUUACGGCAGUAGUGAAAGCAAGAUAUUCGGACUUUUUGGUUCACGAAAUAGACCUGGAUGGAAACGUGGCAAGACUAACUUCGUUGGAUGUACCUAAAAGUGAGGCAUCGAAGGAUACAGAGAAGAAGGAAGAGGUUGCGACAAAAGAACCACCGAAAACUGAAGAGGCAGAAAGAAAGCCAGUCGUCGCAGUCGACGAGAAGAUGGAAGCAACCCCAGAGGGGGGGAAAGCUACAGGCGAAGGAGAAUCGGAAUCGUUGCCAUUCGAAAAUUUGGAAUCUGAGUUGGUAGAGAUGAUCAAGGAUGUAGAUGUUUCAAAGAAAGUAAUGGUUUUGCUGAAAUCACACGAGAAGACCAGAGGCGAAAACAGCCAAGCGAAGAGCGACAAUGCCAACGGGUCGGAAGACAAUGAGAGCAAGCAAGCAAGCGAUGCCUUGGAGAAAUUCGUGACAUUGCCUUCUCUCGAAAAAGAGCAGCGAAAAGCCGUCCACAAUUGGGUAAGGAAUUCGCUGAAAUGCGCCCGCGCCGACACCCUCGACGGCAAAAUCCGAAUAUGGCACGCGAGGUUCGAAACAGAAAUGCCCAACUACAAGGCAUUUGGUACGCACAAGAAGCGAAAAAUGAGCGACCGUGCGCUGAAAAAGAAAGCAAGGUCAAACUGGCCCUCGGACCGUCCCGAGUUUUUACGGUUUGUCAUGUACAAGGAAAAUUGUGACACCACAACCGCCACCAAGGAUGUGAUGCGACGCGGAAGCACGGCUCGGAUUGGCUUUGCCGGCAUGAAAGACAAACGUGGCAUCACGAGUCAGUUCUGCACCCUUUUCAAAACGCUUCCCGAGCAAAUCAUGAAGUCCCACCACCAACAAAGAGGCGGGGGCGGGAAUACGAGGCAGAAGGGUUACAGCAUUGUGCACAUUGGCAACUUUCAAUUCGUGUCUCGGGAGCUUCGAUUAGGGUCUUUGAAGGGGAACCGAUUCGAUAUUGUUUUGCGAAAUGUAAAGUUGCUGGGAGACAAUGCCAACGACGAAUCGAAAAGAAAGAAAGUUUUGGAAG